CAAAAAUGGGAUUGUUGGGAGCAAUAGGCUUGUCUUUAGCAUUGGUAUCUCUGACUCAGAUACCUUAUAGUGAUGGGUGCAAAAUCCUGUCAGCAAAGUCCUCAAGCGCCUCCUCAAUUCUGGUAAAAUGGGAAAAGUAUGCUGGAGCAACAAACUAUUUUUUAGACUUUCGAGUAACAAACAAUACACGAAUUGCACCCAAUGUGCUGACCCUACCCGCGACCUCGACAGAACAUGAUAUGCAGGCUCUGAGACCCGGGACCACGUACAAAGUGACCCUCAAAGUCUUUCAGUUCUACACUCUGAUUUGUACGAUUACAGCUGAGGCGACCACAGUGCCCGCCACAUCGCAGAUAGUAGACGGCACGGCACUGACGAGUACUUCAGUCUUAGUGAAGUGGACGGCGAUCCCCUCGGCGGCCCUCUACUAUCUGCUGAUGUACUCUCAGACCGGACAGAUUUUGACCAACGAGACCUCCACCAACUCCUCCGCUGUGGUAUUAAAUCUGCAGCCCUCUACCAUCUACCACUUCUACAUCGUCGCAGCCAACCAGGCUGGCCCGGCAGCCAGAAGCAAAGUGUGGGCCGUCACCACUUUGGCUCGGCCUCCACUGAACAUCACAGCAACAUAUACUGGGUCAGACUCGGCGAGGGUGACGUGGCAGCCGGUGGAGGACGUCCUGCUGUACAAAGUCUCCAUCCAGGAUAUUGACAAACCCACCCGCCCUCCGUCUGUGUACAAUGUUACAGACACUAAGGUGGAUGUUAAAGGCAUCUUCCCAUGUACAACCAAUUUGAUAUCAAUAAGCUCGUACAGCAAGUUUCUGGUGCCCAGCGAGCCCACAGACUACACCUACACCGCCAACACGCUGGAAGCAGUUUCGUCAGUUUCGGUGAGCUACACCUGCACCAAUAACUCCGCCAGGGUUGACUGGUCGGCCGUGUUUGGGGCCUUUUCCUACAAGGCCACUGCGAUCGGCAAAAAUGGCACAGAGCUUUCCUGCAGCAGCCAAAGCACCAGCUGUCAGAUCAUCGGACUGAGCUGCGGACAGAACUACGUGGUGCAUGUAAACCCGAUGUCAGAGAACUGCAGGCAAUCGAUGAGCACCACCUCAGAUGCUUUCCAGACCGUUUCCUGUCCUCCUGAGAACCUGGAGUUGUUGCGAGAUUGUUCCAGUGAUGUCAUCCUCUUCUCCUGGGACCACACAAACAGUUCAGACAAUUACCUGGCCACUUCAGUGGACUCUCAGGGAGUAAUCCAGAAGUGUUUGACUGAAGGCAACUCCUGUUAUUUCACAAACAUGAUGUGUGGAGAGCACUAUAACUUCAGCGUCCAGACCAUCGCAGGCCGGUGCAGCAGCCAGAAUAGCGCUACUGUCGACAUUCGUACAGCACCUUGCAUUCCCCAGAACCUGGAAACCUCCAUGAGCUGCAACUCCAAUGUUCUGCUCACCAAGUGGGAUCUCUCUCGCGGAGCUCUUGGUUACAAAGUGAAGGUCUUCGGCAACAUAGAAAACAAAAACUUUUACAACUGCAGCUCAAUAUUCAACAGCUGCGCGAUGGCGGACAUGGAGUGUGGACAGUUCUUCAGUACACACAUCACAGCUCACAACGACGAAUGUGCCAGCCCUGAGAUGAUGGGGCCUGUUGCUCAGACAAACCCAUGCGUUCCUCAGAACGUGUCUGCAAUAAUGAACUGUGGAUCAAACUCCAUCACAAUAACCUGGUUACUAUCCGGCGGUGCAAUAUUCUACAUUGCCAUUGCAAAGGACAGCGAUGGCGUCAUUCACAGCUGCAACUCCAUGGAUUUGAAGUGUACGAUCCAGGGCUUGAAGUGCAGCACCAACUACACAGCGUACGUCAUUGCCUCCAACUUGAUGUGCAACAGCUCAGACAGCGAAAUGGUCGCCGUAGAGACAGGUGCUUGUCCACCGGAUCAAGUUACUGCCUCACUGGACUGUGUAGCCAAUGAGGCUCUGAUUUCAUGGCGUGGCCAGAGCAAAAAAAAUUCCUACACCGCCACCAUCAUAGAUAAAGAUCAAGGACUUCUCAGCUGCAGUUCCACCAAUACAAGCUGCAGGGUACCCAACCUAAAAUGUGGCCAGCUCUACACUGUCAGCGUCCGCCAGCACGACGGCACGUGCCCCAGCAUGCCGUCCGAGGCCAUCUACAUGGAGUCUGUUCCUUGUGGGCCCAACAUGAAAUCCAACUUAGACUGCUCGUCACAAGUACUGACCCUCAGCUGGAACGCAACGAAAAACGCAGAAGGCUACACAACUGUGGUCUCAGACGGCAGAAACAAAACAUCCCACGUUACCACGAUGCCCGCGGUGACGCUGACCGCACUGGAGUGUGGACUUUUUUACACACUGACAGUGACGUCCUUCAACAGCACCUGCGUCAGCCAACCUUCAGUGAUGUCCAUCAAGGAAACACCGUGUGUGCCCACUAAUGUGACCGUUGAAAGAAACUGUGACCAGACUUUUGGCAAAGUGUCUUGGAAUGCAAGCCGCGGCGCCCUGCGCUACCAAGCUGCUGCGGUGGAUACGGACGGCAAGCGCUUGCUGUGCUCCUCCAAUGAGACAUGGUGCACGUUGAACGGCCUCGUGUGCAGCCAGGUGUACAGCGUUGGGGUGUCUGCGCAAGACGACACCUGCUCCAGCAAUUACAGCUCUGCAAUGACACUGCGGGCAGCGCCCUGCGCCCCCACGCAGCUCGACGUCUCUGUCGGCUGUGCCAACAGCUCUGCCACGUUAAGCUGGAGCAGCAGCCCCAAUGCAGUGUCCUACACCGGCAAAGCAGUGGCCGCAGACGGACACAUUGUGACCUGCGACGCGGGAGUGAGGCUUGGUUGUCAGAUGGACGGUCUGCACUGCGGCAGGAAGUACAACUUCACCGUGUCAGCCUCGGAUGGCGGCUGUCAGAGUCCCGACGGUGCGCCUGUCACCGUAACAACCGCCCCGUGUGCUGUGAAGAGUGUGCUCAACACCUUAAACUGUAGCACCAACAUACUGACCAUCAGCUGGGCGCCUGCAUCCAUGCCGUUAAACUACAGCGCCACCGCCACGGCAGGAGGCGGGAACGUGCUUCACUGCCUGACCGAGGGUUCGAGUUGUACGCUGGCUAAUUUACAGUGCGGGAAGAGUUACAAUGUGACUGUCAGAGCCAUCAGCAACACAUGCGAAGGACAGAGCGGCGUCCCCGAAAUAGUGAAUUCUACUCCUUGUGUCCCCGUAAACGUCCGAGGCGUUGUGGAUUGCCCCAACAACACGCUGAAGGCGUCCUGGGACGCGGCCGCCGGCGCGGCGUCCUACAUCUCCACAUUGAGCAGAGCGGGAGGCUCCUCGUCUUCCUGCACUGAAGCUGGGACCAGUUGCCUCUUCACCGACCUGCAGUGCGCUCAGACGUACACGCUCAGCGUGGUGGCCACCAACGACCGGUGCAACAGCUCCGAGGGUCCCAGGAUCUCAGCGACGGCCGCCCCCUGUGAUCCAACAAAUGUGGCCUCUGCUCUGCACUGCCUCUCCGGCGUGGUGACGGUGAGUUGGGGGGCCAGCGCUGGGUCCAAAUACUACACGGCUCUGGCCCGGGCCACGGGGCACGCCGACUACUGUAAUUCCAACGGCACUUCCUGUGAGCUGACGGGGCUGCAGUGUGGCAAAGACUACGCUGUGACGGUGCUGGCUGGGGACGGGAACUGCAACAGCUCCGUGCUCGCCAAAACCAAUGUGACAACAGCUCCCUGCGCUCCAGUGAUCCAGCAUCACUCCCUGGACUGCGUCACCAACCACGCUGUGGUCACCUGGGUCGAGGACAAAGAUGCCAUGAGCGUCGCAGUCAACGCAACAUCCAGCCUGGGACACUCGGCGUCCUGCAGCUCCUCCACCAACGGCAGCUGUGUCCUGGACGAACUGCGGUGUGGACACAGCUACACCGUCCAGGCUGUGGCACGAGGAGUCCAGUGCGCGAGCAGACCCAGCUCUCCUUUGCAGAUUGUCACAGCGCCAUGCACCCCUGCAAAUGUUGAGGACACGUACUCCAGCGAGACUGGGAUCGUGCUCCUGAGCUGGGACGACACUUUGGGAGGAGAGAGCUUCUACGCCAACGUCUAUUCAGGAGACCACGCGGCCUCCUGCAGCACUGACCAGACCGACUGCUCCCUGUCCUCACUGCUCUGCGGUCGCGUGUACGACGUGACCGUGGUAGCUGUGGCCGAUCACUGCAACAGCAGCGUGCCAGGCGUAACGCAAAUACAGACCGCUCCCUGUUCUCCCAAAAAUGUCAGCGCCUCCCUGCUGUGUGACAACAACACAGCGGCGGUGAGCUGGCAGCCGAGCUCCGGCGCUGUUUCCUACCAAGUGGCCGCACAGGGCAGAGACGGCGAUGUCAAACAGUGCGCUACUAACGACACGAUGUGUCUCCUACCCAACAUGCAAUGCGCCCAGACCUACAAAAUCACUGUCACCCCCUUUUCUGAAAGCUACAAGGGCUACGACAGCAGCCCACAUAUUUAUAUUGCAGGCCCCUGCCCUCCCACCGAUGUGCAUGUAUCUCUGCAGUGUGUCGGUAAUGUGGGCCAUGUGACCUGGGCCGCUGCCCCUCUAGCGGACCUCUAUGUGGCCACGGUGCUGCCGUCUGCUGGGGAUCAACAAAAGCACAACUGCACCUCCAACGGAACAAGCUGCUCCCUCACCAACCUCAGCUGUGGCCAGACGGCCGCCGUCACAGUGGUCACCAGCGAGAGGGGCUGCACCAGCGAGCCCAGCCCGCCUUUUACUUUUCAGACAGUCAUUUGCCCGCCGACCAGCGUCACCGGAGUAACAAGUUGCGGCAACAACGAUAUCGCAGUAAGCUGGAACCCGAGCACAGGAAGUGGUGUUAACUACGUCGUCCACGCUCACAAAGAGGGCGGGACCAGUGCCAACUUCUCCACCACCCAGACGUCCCACGCGCUCACCGGGCUGCAGUGCGGGAUGCUGUAUUCACUGACAGUCGCUGCCAGGGACAGCGAGUGCACCAGUGUCCUCGGCGUGCCGAUACUGACUGAGACAGCUCCGUGUCCGCCGAUCAACCUGACGGCAAAAGCUGAGUGUGGAACCAGCAUGGGAACGCUCACUUGGGCGGAAAGCGUCAACGCCAUCUCCUACACAGCUACAGCGACUGGUACCCACGGCCAUGUAGUUUCCUGCUCAUCCAACACGACAACCUGCUCAGUGAAGUUGGAUUGCGGGCGGCGAUACUCUGCGGUUGUGGUUGCUUCUAGUGCGACGUGCAACAGCAGCGCGGGAGCAUCCUUAACUUUUGACUCGGCUCAUUGUCUACCUGACAGCGUGGUAGCGGACCUGGACUGCAACCUCAACUCCUUUGCGGUUCGUUGGCGGGCGAGCAUCGUCGGAGCCAACUCCUACAGUGCGAUCGCGAUUGGCAGUGACGGCUCUCGUGCAACCUGCAACUCCUCUUACACAAACUGCACCAUCCAGAACCUGAACUGUGGCCUCAACUACGGUAUCGUGGUCAAUACACUAUCAGUCGACUGUGGCACCAUCAAGGCAUCCGACUACAUGAUGCAAUCAGCUCCUUGCAAACCAGGAGGGGUUUUGGUGGAUCUGCAGUGCAGCACUAACAUUGCGUCGGUGACCUGGGGAAACUCUGGGCCCGACCAGACCCAGGCGGUGUCGGCUGUCGACAGCAGAGGAAUGACCACCACUUGCAACUCCAGCAGCUCCAACUGCACGUUCGACCAGCUGACGUGCGGGGAGAGCUACGUCAUCAGCGUGGUCGGCCAGACAGACCACAAGUGCAGCAGUGAACCAGCUGUUGCAGAAACGCUGCUCGCAGCUCCAUGUGUUCCCACCCACCUCACAGCACAAGUUCAAUGCGAGACUGGUAUCACCAUGGUUACGUGGGACUCAGCGCGUGGUGCCAAAUCAUACACAGUGUAUGCUCGGGGGAAUCUAGGCCACAGUGCUGAAUGCAACAGCACGGACACCAGCUGUAACUCCCUUGACCUGGCGUGUGGGCAGGACUACACCAUCACCGUGGUGGCUCGCCAUGACUCCUGCAUCAGUUCUGUCAGCGAGUCAAUCAACGUUACCCAAGUUCCUUGUCCCCACAGCGGCGUGCAGGCGUCUGUGGACUGUGACUCCAACACGGCUCUGGUGUCUUGGACGCCCGGCAGAGGCAUCCGCGAAUACUACGCCUCCGCGGAUGCCUUUAGCAUCUCGCACAAGCUGGACUGCUCCACCAACGGCUCCUCCUGCAACAUCAGCGCGCUCCGCUGUGGGCAGAGGUACAGAGUGAGCGUCGGUGGACGGGGAGAGAACUGCCCCAGUCCAACAGAGAGCUGGCAGCCAAUCACCACAGCUCCCUGUCCUCCAACCCAGCUGAGGGUCGACUCUUCCUGUGAAUCAAGCAACAUCUCGGUGUCGUGGAAGGCUUCGCAGGGCUCGGCCUCCUACAUGGCCGUGGCGAAGGACGCACAAGGCCGCCACUGGUCAUGUAACACCAGCAGCACCACCUGCCAGAUGUCUGGUCUGCUCUGCGGACAGCAGUACCAGGUCUACGUCGCUGGUAUGGAUGAAACGUGCAUCGGAGCCAAGAGUGACGUCAAAGUAAUUAAUACAGCCCCGUGUGUGCCGCAGAAGGUACAGAACGACCUCAACUGUCUGUCUGGGGUUCUUAACGUCACCUGGCAGUCGUCAGGAAACGUUUCUGCGUUCCGCGUCUCCGUAGAGAGCGGCGAAGGUCACGUCAGCAUCUGCGAGACAAAUGAGCUUCACUGCGUAGUGCACAACACGCAGUGCGGUCUGACCUACAACGUGUCAGUGGUGGCCCAGGAUGAGGCCUGCAACAGCUCCCGUAGCCCCCAACAGCAGGUCCUUACUGCUCCUUGUCCUCCCCAGACCUUCUCACCCACUAUCAACUGUGCCAGCGGUGUUGCCUCGGUAACGUGGAACAGCAGUAUGGCGGGGGUGGUGUACGCGGUGUCUGCGGUCGAAGCCGCAGGUCGCCAACACAACUGCAGCGGCACAAACACCGGCUGCGAUCUUGGCAUGCUAGAGUGUGGGACAGAGUACAACGUCACCGUCACACCAUCCAGAAACGGCUGUGUGGGCAGAGACAGCGCCACAAAACUGAUCAAAACGGCUCCCUGUGUACCGCGCUUGACUGAUGUGGAGAUCGACUGCCUGGUAAACUCAGCCUGGGUAAUCUAUGAGGGGUCAGCAGGGGCGGAGGAGUACAUUGUCAUGGCGACCGACGGCCAGGGUGACAUCCAGACGUUUGAGUGUAACUCUACGCCAGACGGGACAUGCCCUCUUCCCCCACUGAUGUGCAGUCAAAACCUCACCUUCACCAUGACCGCACGCAACUGGCAGUGUCCCAGUGCACCAAGCAAUGCUGUCACGACGGAGACUGCUCCUUGUCCUCCUGAGAAUGUAAAGAAAUCUGUGGUAUGCGACAAUCGCACAGUCGACAUCUCCUGGUCCGCCGUACCUGGUGCAAUAACGUACGCGGCCACGCUGGAGGCGAUUAACGGAGGCCAACAAUUUUGCUGCACCACUUCGGACACCGCCUGUGACAUCAGCGAGCUGCCUUGCGGAGAAAUGUACAUUUUGGUCGUUGUGGCUGAGGGCCGAACGUGCAACAGCUCCCAGAGCGAGGGGGAGCUCACCAUGACAGCGCCAUGCGUUCCUCAGAAGCUCAACGCCAGUCUGAGCUGCAGCAACAACGUGGCCUCCAUGUCCUGGGAGCAGAGCAGGGGAGGACAGUAUUACACAGUGAGGGCCGUGGGUACAGACGGCCACGAGCACGAGUGCAGCUCCAACGCGAACCAGUGUGAUGUGACAGGUCUGCACUGUGGACAGUAUUACACAGCUUCUGUGACGGCAGCGAAUACAGCCUGCCAGAGCAAAGGCAGCGACAGUGUGACGGUCAAGACUGGGCCGUGCACUCCUGCAAACGUCUCCUCUGUGGUGGACUGCGAGGGCAAUACUCUGAUUACUUCCUGGUCCGAGAGCCCGGGAGCCGACUCCUACAUCGCUACAGUGCAGGACAGUAACGGCCAGAGCACAACCUGCCAGGGCACAACCAGCGGCUCCUGCAAUGUGACAGGACUCGGCUGCGGUCAGGUCUACCACGUCUCCGUGGUGUCCUCGGAUGGAUACUGCAACAGCCCGUCCACUCCUGUAGUGGUCGCACCUUCAGUUCCCUGCGAGGCGAGACUUAUCAAGGCAGCGGUGGACUGCUACGGGCAGGUGGCGAUGGUGACGUGGUAUCCAAGUGGUGGAGCUACGUCGUACAUUGUCACGGCCGCCACCGCGUCGGGCGUCAACGUCACCUGUGAGGCCAACGACACCGCCCACUGUGAUCUGGAAGGGCUGCUCUGUGGCCACAGCUACUCCGUCUCGGUGACCGCUACAGGACAGACCUGCAGCAGCGUCGCUCACAUGACAGAACCCCUGGUCACUGAGCCGUGCAUCCCGGGGUACAUUGUCACAGGCUACAGCAUGACUAUCGGCCAGGUGUGGUGGGACAUGACCGCCGCCGCCGAUUUCUAUACAGUCGACGGGGUAACGGAGGAGGGCCUGAGGGUCUCCUGCAACACCACUGACACCUACUGUACGUUGUCCAACAUGGAAUGUGGCCAGAUGUACACCAUUAACGUCACUGCCAACAAUCCCGUGUGUCAAGGCGUGUCCACCUCCACCGAGGCAGCUGCGAUCAUGACAGAGCCUUGCCCGCCCGACAACCUGCAGACCGCUGUGCAGUGUCACAACGACAUGGCGAUCGUGACGUGGGAGGCCAGUGUUGGUGCAGUGGGCUACGAGGCCCUUCUGGCUGGGCGUGAUGGCCACGGCCUUUCCUGUUACACCAACAACACUUUCUGUAACAUAGAAGGCCUCCACUGCGGAAUCACCUACUACGCAAACAUCAUCGCCGUUGGAGAAACACUCAACAGCAGCACCUCCAAUACUAUCCUGCUGCUCUCAGCUCCCUGUGCAGCGAAAGAUGUGGCAGCGGAUUUGGAUUGCUACAACAAAACGGCCAGAGUCUCGUGGAGCCCGUCGGCUGGAGGAAAGUCCUACGCGGUGACAGCAGUUGGAGAGGACGGUCACCGGGCUGCAUGCGAGACCGACGGGCAGCAGUGUAAAUUGAGCGACCUGCGUUGCGGUCUGACGUAUAACGUCAGUCUCACAACCAUCAGCGAUCACUGCCAGACCGAGACACUCGCCGCCGUCGCCUUCAGCACAUGGCCCUGCAAACCGCUGCGGACUGGAGUGGACCUGCAGUGUGGGACGAGAGCGGCUGUUAUGUACUGGGAGCAGGUGGAGGGAGUGGAGCUCUACAUGGCCGCUGCCACCAGCGGCAAGGGAAUGACGCUGCAGUGCAACUCCACCAACUCCGCCUGCCAGUUCUCCAACUUGUACUGUGGGAAAUCCUACAACUUCUCUGUGACUGCAUUCAGCGGCAUGUGCUUCAGUGAAAUCAGCAGCACUGUGGAAAUUCAGACAGGGCCCUGCCAGCCAACUGGACUCACGGUCAGUGGGUCAUGUGACAAUAAGACGGUAGUGUUGGAUUGGUCCGCAGCUGAAGGGGCAUCAGUGUACGUGGUGUCCGCCACGGGAGACCAGGGAUACGUCACGUCUUUCCAAACACAGGACACAACCGCAGAGGCUGAGCUGCCCUGCGGACAGCUGUUCACCUUCACUGUAAAAGCUCAGGGGGAUCAAUGUGGCAGCGCUGCGGGCACGGCUGCAUCCUUCAAGACGGGUCCUUGCGCGCCCCGGCACGUACAGAGCUUUGUCCAGUGUGAGAACAGUCUGGGCUCGGUCAGCUGGGGCAGCAGCGAGGGGGCGGAGUCCUACUUGGCCAUCGCAGUGGGACAGGACAACCACACCCACGUGUGCACCACGAACACCACCAUCUGCUCGUGGGACGACCUGCACUGUGGCGAGCGGUACGCCGUACACGUCAUUGCCAACGACAACCUGUGCAGCAGCAUGCCGAGCAACAGCACGUCAAUACAAAUGGCACCCUGUGUUCCUCAGAACUUGAAAUCAUCUCUAAACUGCACCAUGAAGGUGGGAUCGCUGACCUGGAAUGCCAGUGACACUGCGGAGUUGUACAUUGUGACCGCAGAAACCACAGGGCACAAAGUGCUGCUCAGCACCAACGAAACGUGGACCUUCCUUUCUGAGCUCCACUGUGGGGAGAAGUACUUCCUGUCUGUUCAGGCGCAUGACUCCGUGUGCAAGAGCCUCCCCAGUCCGCCGUUAAUGCUCGAGUCAGAGCCCUGCCCGCCCACCGGGGUCACCAGCUUAAUGAACUGCGUCUCCAACAUUGCGGUGGUCUCGUGGAACACUUCGGCUGGGGCGGAGUUCUACACCGCUACGUUGACGCAAAAAGACGGCCAGACGCAAAACUGCUGGUCUGAAAGCAAUCAGUGCGGCAUGUCCGGGGUCCCGUGUGGACAAAACUACUCAGUGACGGUCGUCGCCUCCAACCGGAAGUGUAGCUCUGACCCCAUUGAGGGCGACACGCUGCAGUCAGAGCCUUGUGUUCCUACGGGUGUGGAUGUGACAAUAGACUGCUCCGAAAACCAGGUCCUCGUGUCUUGGAGCGCCAGCAAAGGCGCUUCGUCCUACAAAGUGACGGCGCAGAGCACACAGGGAGCCACGUCCUCCUGCGAGAGCGCACACCCGACGUGCACUCUGACCAACCUGACCUGCGGCCAGGUCUUCUCCGUCCAGGUGGUCGCGCAGAAUGAAAUCUGCUCAAGUUUACCGAGCGCAGCGACACAGUUCAAUUCAGUUCCCUGCACGCCGAGGAUUGGCUCUGUGGUUCUCGACUGCUUCACCGACUCGGCCCUCUUGGACUGGGCCCACGCCGAGGGCGCCCUGAACUACACCGCGACCGCUCGCUCUUCUGCUAGCGGCCACAUUUCCACCUGCACCUCCGACUUCACCAACUGCGAGCUGAAGGAGCUGGAGUGUGGUCAGACCUAUGAUGUGGUCGCAGUGGCCUCGAAUGAGGAGUGCAGCAGCCCGCCAAGCACGCAGUUGCAGGUGGAGUCAGUGCCUUGUCCUCCCAAAAAUGUCUCGCCUGUAGUGGACUGCUCCACCAACACGGCCCGCGUGGAGUGGCAGGCCAGCAGAGGGGCCGAUUCCUACACUGUUCAAGCCUUCGGCGUGGAAGAAGAUGAAUCUCACUGCGAGACAGACUUGCAGUCCUGCGUCCUCGGAGACCUCAUGUGUGGCUUCACCUACAACAUCAGCGUGUUCGCCGUCAACGGCGUGUGCAAUAACUCGCGCAGUGACAUGACACAGCUGCAAGCAGUGCCGUGUGUACCACAGCAGGUAAACGCCCGGGUAGUCUGCGAGUCUGGCGACGUGGCGGUCUCCUGGGAGCCAAGCAAAGGGGCGUCCUCGUACACCACGGUUGCCCGGGGCAACGCCGGCUACGCGUCCACGUGCAAUGGCAGCGAGACGACGUCCCUGCUCAAAGACCUGCUGUGCGGCCAUAACUACUCCAUCACCGUUAGUGCUUCAGAUGAGACCUGCAGCAGCGCUGGAAGCUUUGCUGUGGAGCUUAACACAGCGCCGUGCAUACCACAGGGAGCAACAGCUGAGAUGGUAUGUAGCAACGGCACGGGCGUUGUGUCGUGGGAAAUGGAGGACGGCGUGUCCUCCUACAUGGUGCGAGCUUUCGGGCCGGAUGCUGACAAGAUCCAGUGUAACAGCACCGGAACCAGCUGCCAGCUACCCAACAUGCAUUGCGGCCAGCUGUACAACCUGACAUUGACAGCUAAGGAUGGAGAAUGUGACAACAGCCAGGCCUUCCUCAACCUGCAGUCAGCGCCUUGCCGGCCGACCAACGUCAAGGCUUCCCUACGGUGCCGCUCAAACUCUGCUGCUGCCGUGACAUGGGAGCGAGCAAGUGGGGCGCUCUCCUAUCUUGCGGUGGGUGUUGCAGCCGAUGGAAGCCACAGGACCGAAUGCAACAACACUGCGACCUACUGUGAUCUGAGCGAGCUACAGUGUGGAAAGACCUACAACGUGAGCGUGUUUGCUCAGGAUGAGUCCUGUUCCAGUGUGCAGGGUGACGCGGCAUACGUGCGGACAGCCCCCUGUGCACCCCAGGAUGUGGCUAUUGACGCACAGUGUGACAAUGGCGCCCUGGCCGUGUCCUGGUCGCCCAACCCGGACGUCCAGUACUUCCACGUGGCGGCGGUGAGCAGCACGGGGGCGAGACUCCACUGCAACUCCAGCGGCACUGCAUGCACCAUGCGGGAUCUACCGUGUGGACAGCACUACAACGUCACCGCGCUGUCUGUGGCACGCAGCGGCUGUGAGAGUACGCCGAGCGCUGUGGUGGAGACUUCCACGGCCCCAUGUGUGCCCAGCAACGCUCACGGCCGCCUGGACUGCAUAUCAAACUCUGCCUGGGUGACGUGGGACGCCUCAGAAGGAGCCCUCAGCUACUACGUGAUGGCCCAAGAGGUCGGAGGCCACAACAUCAGCUGCACAACCUCCUCCUCUCCCUGUGAUAUCCCAGAUCUGAAAUGUGGGACCCAUUACUCCUUCUACGUCACUGCUGUCAACAAACAGUGCCGCAGUAAUCACAGCAGCUUUGAGCUUCAGACAGGCCCUUGUGCUCUAGCAUCUAUUACUGCAGAGACACAAUGCGACAGCAGCACAAUCGUGGUGGAAUGGGAGACUGAGGGUGACACGACGCUCUACAUGGUGACCGCUGAGGCCGAUGACCGCACCACCCUUUCCUGUAACAGCUCCUCCAGCUCGUGCGUGCUCCAGGACAUUAGCUGUGGCAUGCACUACAGCAUCAUAGUAUCCACUUCUUCUGAUAAGUGCAGCAGCCUCAGAAGCCCACCAAAGAAGAUCAAAACAGCGCCCUGCGUCCCAGCCGACGUGGUAGUGGCAGCGCUGUGCGAGGGGAAUGGCGCCGUGGUGACGUGGGGACACUCCCCUGUGGCUACGUCCUACCUGCUGACCGCCACUGGGAGGGACGGACAUGUGGCGAACUGCAGCACCCCAGAAAACAACUGCACCCUGACCGCUCUGCACUGCGGACAGACGUACAACUUGAGCGUCACCGCCGUUGGAGACAACUGCACCAGCCAGCCCGGAACUUCAUCCUACAGAGCAGUGCCCUGUAAGCCCUCUGCUCUCACCGUGGAUAUUGAUUGUGAGACCAACUCCGCCAUGCUGUCUUGGGGCGCCAGUGAGGGGGCCGUGGAGUACUUUGGCUGUGCCCAAUCUAUGCAUAGAGACGCCCUCUACUGCAACAGCACAGUGCCCUCCUGCACAAUCGAGAGAAUGGGAUGUGGGGACAUUUAUAAUUUUUCUGUCGAAGCCUCAAACGGCGUCUGCAACGGCUCAUUUAGUCCGCCUGUGCAGGCUGGAGCAGUCCCGUGCCCUCCGACUGUUUUCGAUGUCCGAAUGCAAAGGAUAGGCAACGCUCACUGGGCCAUGAUAUCAUGGGACAGUGUCAAUUGUUCCGAUGUGGAGUACCUAAUGGAGAUGACCGGUCGAAUCAACAACAACCCACAGACCCUGAUGCAGGUCUCUUCCUACUGGUUCUCCAGGACUUACUUUGAGUUGCCAGUACCUUGCAGCACGCCUUAUAACUUCACUCUACGGUCCAGAAACUCAGCCGGGGCCAGCAAGCCAUCCGGCGCCGUCGCUGGAGUCUCGGUCCCCUGUGCGCCACAGAAAGUGAAAUACACCGGCGACGCGGUGUCUGCUGUGCUUUCCUGGGAGUCUUCAUUGUUUGCCACGAGGUACACAGUCUACAGCGUGUCGGGGGCCGACCCAGUCCAGAUUUGCAACACCACGGGGCUCUCCUGCCAGCUGACCAACUUUGACCCCAACACCACUGAAGUGACCGCCAGCAAUGCAGCGGGGGAAAGUGUCCCUAACCGAGACAUCACAGGUCCGCUGGUGUCUCGCAGAAAAAGGGAUUUGCAAGGCAGUGUGAUCAACGACCAUUUAGAUAGCAGUCUCGAAGUCCCAAAAGUGCUGACCGUAACAGCAAGUGGAGCUUCCUUGUACGUGAAGUGGCUGACCGUAAAGAAUACAACAGAGUACACGGUCGUGAUGGAGGAGAAGCCGCAGACCAAUCAGCCACCGAGAGUGAGAACCGUGCGAGGCCAUUCUCACAACGAGGCCGGCCUCAAGCCGCGGACCAAAUACUGCGUCAAGGUGGCAGCCAGAAACGGCAUCGAGCAAAGCGACUACUCCAGGCCCGCGUGCAGAACCACAGGUGCUUUGUUAAGAAACACCACAGGUACACUUAAAUAGAGGAGAGACUUGUGGAAAGUUUACAACUGCAAAGCCACAACGUGCUUCCGUUUGGAGUAAUUCUUGCAUGCCACAAAAUAAUCCUGAUGAACUUUUAGAUUUGAAAGCUCUUUGUUAGCGAUAGCAUACAUUGUGAUCUUAGGGCUGGUAUCAUAGCAUCAUAGGGGCAUUAAUGCUGUUUAGUAAAAUAUACUGCUUAAGUUCUAUUUAUCAAAACUGGUUUCAUUUUCAAAGUUAUUAUAUUCUCUGCAUGAUUGUUGAACUUAAAACAAAACGUAUAUUUUUCAAGCAAUGUUUUUAAGACAUUUUCUUUAUGAUUUACUAUGUGACUUCUGCUUUGGUGAACACUCCGGUAUAUCUUUUGUAACACAGAAAGGAAAUUAAAAAUAAAAAAGAAUCUGAGACAUUAAAAAAUCCCUGUGUAUGAA